AUGGAUGGUAUAGAAGAACCUCAGAAAAAAAUCUUUAAGGCUCGAAAAACAAUGAGAGUAAGCGAUCGCCAACAACUUGAAGUAGUGUACAAGGUCAAAGAGGAAUUAUUAAAGACUGAUGUCAAGCUGUUAAAUGGAAACCAUGAAAAUGGAGAUUUGGAUUCAACCUCACCUUUGGAAAAUAUGGAUUAUAUUAAAGAUAAGGAAGAGAUUAAUGGUAUUGAAGACCUUUGCUUUGACCCGCAGCAAAGUAAAACAGAAUGGAAAGAAACACCCUGCAUCUUAAAUGUUAGUGUUAAAAAUAAGCUGAAUGAUGAUGUAAAUAGUGAACAUUUAUUUCCUAAUAGUAUCAUUCCUCAACCAGCCUCUCCACUGACUUCUAAACCACCCUCUGAUCUUUUGGCCCCUGGUGAUUCUGUCUCUGAAGUACUGGCCUUGGGUGAUCCUGCCUCUAGUGAUCCUGCCUCUGCUGAUCCUACUUCUGGUGAUCAUACCUCCAGUGAUCCUGCCCCUGGUGAACAAGCCACUGGUGAAACUGCCUCUGGUGAUCCUGCCUAUAGUGAUCACACCUCCAGUGAUCCUGCCUCUGUUAAACCCACCUCUGGUGAACCCACCACCUCUGGUGAACCUGUCGCCUCUGGUGAACCCUCUUCUAGUGAAUCUGCCUCUGUUGGUCCCACCUCUGAUGAACUUCCCUCUGAUGAAGCCACAUCUAGUGAGCCUGCACCAAAUGAUCUGGUAUCUGGUGAUCAGGCCUCUGGUGAUCAGUCCUUUGGAGCACUAACAGCUGGUAAACCUACCUCUGAUGAACCAGCCUCUGAUAAAUCAGCCUCCAUUGAACCAACCUCUGAUGAACCAACCUGUGGAACUUUGGCUUCUGAUGGUCAGCCAGCCAUUGAACCCUGUUCUGUACCAGUUUGUGAAGCAGUUCCUGAAACUACAGAACCUAAUAGCAAUAAAGAUGAUGAUUUUCUUGUAAACAGUAAGAAUGAUGAAAAGUUAGAUGAAACUAAGAUUAAAGACUCAAGUGAAGAGAAAAAUCAAGGUGUUGGUAAUAUUGAAGCUAAUGAAGAAGCUUUAGAAAAAGAUGAAUCUCUUAUUUGUUCAGAUCUACCUCCUGAAAAGGAAAAGAAGGUAGAAGAAGAUGGUCUCCCAGAACUUGCUCUUGAAGAAGAGGCUAUAUCUAGUAGUAUGGAAAUUGAUCAAAAUGAGAAAAAUGAAGAUGAAAAUUCUUCAGAUCUUGCAGAAACUAUUAGUAAAAAUGUUAUAGAAGUCGAUAAAAAUGAGAAUAUGUUAGAAAAUACAGAUUCCAUGGAGACAGAUGAAAUUAUUCCUAUUCUGGAAAAGCUUGCACCUGCUGAAGAUGAACUUACUUGCUUCUCUAAAACUUCACUCCUUCCAAUUGAUGAGACAAAUCCAGAGUUGGAAGAGAAAAUGGAAGGUUCUUUUGGUUCACCAUCUAAACAAGAAAGUAGUGAGAGUUUGCCAAAAGAAGCCUUUUUGGUCCUCUCUGAUGAAGAGGAUAUUUCAGGUGAAAAAGACGAGUCUGAAGUUAUACAAAGUGAGACAUGCUCUCCAGCUGAAGUAGAAAGUAAUGAAAAGAACAGUAAACCUGAGGAAGAUGACGAAGUAAUACAUGAAAAUGUUGAAAGACCUGAGAAAAAUGACUUUUCCAGGAGAAAGCGUGCUAAAUCAGAGGACAUGGACACUGUGCAGACCAAACGUUGUCGAUACAUGGAAGAAGAAUAUGAGGCAGAAUUUGAAGUAAAGAUUACAACUAAAGGAGACAUUAACCAGAAGCUUCAAAAGGUUGUGCAGUGGUUGCUGGAAGAAAAAUUGUGUACGUUGCAGUGUGCUGUAUUUGAUAAGACUUUGGCAGAAUUGAAAACAAGAGUGGAAAAGAUUGAAUGUAACAAGAGGCAUAAAACAGUUCUUACUGAACUACAGGCCAAGAUAGCCAGGUUAACUAAACGAUUUGGAGCAGCCAAAGAAGAUCUUAAGAAAAGACAAGAAAAUACACCAAACCCCCCUGUAUCACCAGGAAAGUCUGCAAAUGAUAUCAGCAGUAAUAAUAAUGUUCCAUACAGAAAUGCAGGCACAGUGAGGCAGAUGCUGGAGUCCAAAAGAAAUGUAAACGAGAGUGCACCGCCAUCCUUUCAAACCCCUGUGAAUACAGUAUCGUCAACCAAUCUUAUCACUCCUCCAGCAGUUGUCAACAGUCAGCCUAAAUUGCAGACUUCGGCAGCUUCAGGUUCUCUACCAGCAACACCAGUUCUUCCUGCACCCAAAACAGCUACAGUAGUUGCUACUACUCAGGUGCCUAGUGGAAAUCCUCAACCUACAAUCUCUUUACAACCUUUACCAGUGAUUCUGCAUGUACCUGUUGCUGUAUCUUCUCAACCUCAGCUCCUGCAGAGCCAUCCGGGGACUAUAGUGACUAACCAGCCUUCAGGCAAUGUUGAAUUUAUUUCUGUGCAGAGUCCACCUACAAUGAGUGGUCUUACCAAAAAUCCAGUAUCUUUGCCAUCAUUGCCAAACCCCACAAAACCAAACAAUGUUUCCUCUGUGCCCAGUCCUAAUAUUCAAAGGAAUUCUCCUGCCAGUGCUGCACCACUAGGGACACUUGCUGUUCAGACUGUUCCAACAGCACAUUCUAUUGUACAAGCCACAAGGACUUCUUUACCCACAGUAGGCCCAUCAGGACUCUAUAAUCCAUCAAAUAAUCGUGGUCCUAUACAGAUGAAAAUUCCAAUCUCUGCUUUUAGUACUUCAUCUUCUGUAGAACAGAACAGCACUACCACCCCAAGAAUAGAAAACCAGACAAACAAAACAACAGAUGGUUCUGUUAGCAAGAAAGCAGCUGAUAGUACAUCACAGACUGGGAAAGCCACAACAAGUGAUUCAGGAGGUAUCAUUGACCUCACAAUGGAUGAUGAAGAGAGCAGCACUUCACAAGAUCCUAAAAAGUCAAUUCAUACUCCUGUAUCAACUGUUGGUUCUUCUCAGACUGUGAGUAGACCUUUGCAGCCCAUACAGCCAGCACCCCCAAUUCAACCAUCUGGGGUUCCAACAAGUGGACCAUCUCAGACAACAAUACACCUGCUACCUGCAGCUCCAACCACCGUGAAUGUAACACAUCAUCCAGUAACUCAGGUUACCACAAGACUCCCUGUACCAAGAGCACCUGCAAACCACCAAGUUGUUUAUACAACUCUCCCAGCACCACCAGCACAGGCUCCCCUUCGAGGAACUGUUAUGCAGGCUCCUGCUGUUCGGCAAGUCAAUCCUCAAAAUAGUGUCACAGUUCGAGUGCCUCAAACGACUACGUAUGUUGUAAACAAUGGACUAACACUGGGAUCAGCAGGGCCUCAGCUCACGGUACAUCAUCGACCACCACAAGUGCAUCCUGAGCCCUCACGUCCUGUGCACCCUGCACCCUUACCAGAAGCCCCACAACCCCAGCGUCUACCCCCAGAAGCUGCCAGCACAUCUCUGCCUCAGAAGCCGCACUUGAAGUUAGCACGAGUUCAGAGUCAAAAUGGCAUUGUACUGUCAUGGAGUGUUCUGGAGGUAGAUCGAAGCUGUGCCACUGUUGAUAGCUACCAUCUCUAUGCUUAUCAUGAGGAACCUAGUGCCACUGUGCCCUCUCAAUGGAAGAAGAUUGGGGAAGUAAAAGCACUUCCUUUGCCCAUGGCAUGCACUCUCACUCAGUUUGUAUCUGGCAGCAAGUACUACUUUGCAGUACGAGCAAAGGAUAUUUAUGGACGAUUUGGACCUUUCUGUGAUCCUCAAUCAACAGAUGUGAUCUCUUCUUCCCAGAACAGUUAAACCUUGGAGCCUUUAUCUCUGUUCCUCUUUCAGAACUUGUACUUUUUGGUCUUGUUUUUAAUCUUGUGCAUGAUGAUACCCAUUGUAAAAUCAACAUUCUGCAAGAUUUCUUGGACAUUUGUGUCUAUACACUACAUUUGUUUAUAACCAAAAGUAAAAUAAACUCAGCCUAUAAAGCAAGAAUUUAUUUUCCUGAACAACUCUAACUUCAGGGUUUUUCAAAUGUAAAUGUGCACCUUGCUUUUAGUUUUGAGGCUGGGGAAUAUUUGUGGGCACUUGGGUGUUGGUUUUUCUUUCUUUGUUUACAUGUUUCUUGCAGUGAGAUCGCUUACUUUCAUUCUCAGAUUUACCUCUUCCAUUGAAGUAGAGCAAAGGAUCUCUGAGGUAUGUAACUGGCAUGAUACGAUUCUGCUUGUUAGAAAUAGGUAGGGUCAUAGUUAAGGAUUUAAACUUAAUCUGAACAAAGCCCAGAG